CAUGAAUUUGCUAAAUUUAAGAGGAAGUGCAUUUUCUGCAUUUCAGCCAAUCAGGACGAUUUCCACAUAGUUGACUUUGAUGAUGUUUGGGUGAGAAGGCAUCAGUUGUGCAAGAGAAGGGUGCUGUACCACAAUGAUUGGAAGACAGGCUGCUUUCAUUCUUCUUAGUACAGUGUACCUGAUUCAAACAGGUGUUCCUCACCAGAUGUCAUAUGCUGUGGUCGAAGUUGGUGGAAACAUAACUUUGCAAUGUCCAAUUGCAGAGAGGGAAGGAAAAUUCUUUCAGUGGUAUAAGCUGCCUCUUGGAGAUAUGGUCCAAACAGUUGCUUCUGGAUCUUACACCCAACCAACGCUUGGUGCACAAUUUCACAAGUCACGUUUCAAGGUCACAAACGGAGAGAAGCAUUAUUUGCUUACCAUAAGAAAUGUAAGCAAAGAGGAUGAAGCGACAUACUUCUGUCGAAGCGGAUCAGCGUAUUCACCGAAUUCUGUUAACGUCACCUUCUUGGCUGUGAACGAUAGCAAACAGCAGAAGUCUGUCAACGUGAAGCAGAGUCCAGAUGCAGCAUCAGUGCAGCCGGGCGGCUCAAUGACUCUCCAGUGUUCACUUCACUCCAAGAACAAAGACAACAAAACGCAGUGUCCAGGUGAACACAGCGUGUACUGGUUCAGAUCUGGAUCAGGAGAAUCUCAUCCAGCCAUCAUUUACAGGCACACAAGUUAUGAACAAAAGGAAAAAAGCUGCGUCUACAGUCUGUCCAAAACUGUACGAGACUCCUCUGAUACUGGGAUUUACUACUGUGCUGUGGUCACAUGUGGACGGAUCCUGUUUGGUGAAGGAACUAAAGUGGAGACAAGACCAGAACUGGACCCAGUUGUCCUUGUGCUUGAAGCGCUGUUGGCCUGCUGUGUGACUGUGAUUGUUGUCCUAAUUUUCUACGUAGUCAAGAUUCGAAGGAGAGUUUGUGAACAUAACAAAGCAGGAACAAAGAGCGACUCCUAUAAGCCAGGACACGACAAGUCGACUGUGGAGCAAUCAGCUGACCUGGAUGGUGACACAGAGGCAGUAAACUAUGCAGCACUGGAAUUCUCUGCAAGAAAAGUGAAGAGAGAGAAGAAAAAGACAGAGUCAACACAAGAGUGUGUGUACUCUGCUGUGAGGGUGGACCACCACACACAGCACCAGCCCUCUCUGUAGGCCGAGCGGAGUCUGCGUGGGAAUCGGACUCGGCGUCUCCACAUAGAGUUUCGGCUCGGCUCAUCUUUGCACGGCCGUCACAACGCAUACAUGUGCACAUAGUGUGGCUGCACUGGGCCUCGCGCCUUUUGUGGCCUCGCAGUCCCGUAAAGUUUUGAUGCAUUAUCGAGCCUAUCCAAUCAAAAACGACUUUUUAGAUAUGUUCUGGUUUAAGCUCGGACAAGUCACCCGGCAAGAGUUUGACGAGGUGAAUUUAAAAAACUCCAGCCAGAAUAUGAAAAGAAUGUUAUCCAUUGAAAAGGCUGGUACAUCCAAGCUGGACAAUGUCCAUCAUGUUGCUGAG